ACGCCCAAUCCCCUGAUCUCUGCUGUGCUGUGCAUCUUCUUCCUCACUCCUCAUUGCCUUCUCACCGCACUCUCUUUCUCUCUAUUCUAUCUACUCUUGCAUUUACUCUUUCUCUCUUCUUCUACCAACCACAACUACAACUACAACUACACUAAACAUUUGUUUUCGUAAAAUACACACACACACAUAUAUCUUCCCCUGCAGUGUGGAUUCUACCUUUUUCCGAUCUCCUUCAAUCAAUGGAGAUCCGGUUACCUCUGCUUGCUUUUCUACUCGUAUUUUGUGUUGAGCCUCGAUCAGGGGCUCCAAUCGUCUAUUCCGCCAGGCUGGUGCAUCGAUUUUCGGAUGAAGCCAGGGCUCACCGCGAUGCCAGGGUUUUGAGGAAUGGAACUGGAUUAAACGGCGGUUUUUGGCCGCAGCGGCGGAGCUUGGAGUAUUACCGCCGCCUGCUCAGCAGCGACGUCCAGAGACAGACGCUUAAGCUCAAUCCUCAGUUCCAAUUUCUCUACCCCGCUGCAGGCAGCGCCACAUUGCCUCUUGGAAAUGACUUCGGAUGGUUGCACUAUAUGUGGAUUGACAUAGGCACACCAAAAGUAUCUUUUCUUGUGGCAUUGGAUGCUGGAAGUGACCUAUUUUGGGUUCCCUGUGAUUGUGUUCAAUGUGCACCACUAUCGUCCAGUUACUAUAGCAGCCUGGAUAGAGAUCUUAGUGAGUACAGUCCUUCUGGUUCUAGUACUAGCAAAACCAUUUCUUGCAGCCACCAAUUAUGUGCACUGGGUCCAAACUGUCCAAAUCCUAAGCAACAAUGUCCUUAUACCAUCAACUACUAUUCAGAUGAUACCUCAACUUCUGGAUUUCUGGUUGAAGAUGUUCUUCAUCUCCUGCCAGGCAAUUCAGACGUAUCUAACAAAUCUGUCAAGGCUCCAGUGGUUAUUGGGUGUGGUAGUAAACAAACUGGUGGGUACCUGAGUGGAGUUGCUCCUGAUGGGCUCUUGGGUCUUGGACUUGGAGAAAUUUCUGUUGGGAGUUUUCUUGCAAAAGCUGGAUAUAUUAGAAAUUCCUUUUCUCUAUGUUUUAAUGAAGAUGAUUCUGGAAGGUUACUUUUUGGGGACCAGGGAAUUGCUGGCCAACAAACUACUCCAUUUUUGCCUUUGCAUGGGAAAAAUUUAACAUAUAUUGUCGGAGUGGAUGUGUGCUGCAUUGAGAGCUCAUGUAUUGAAAAUCCGGAGUUCCAGAUGCUGGUCGACAGUGGGUCUUCAUUCUCAUUUCUUCCAGCACAAAUUUUUGAAAAGGUGGCUAAUGAGUUUGACAGCCAAGUAAAUGCUUCAAAAUCAAGCUUUGAAGGAUACCCAUGGAAGUACUGCUACAAAUCCAGUUCUGAUGGGGUGCCUAAGCUUCCUUCUUUCACUCUGAAGUUUGCAACAUCCAAAAGUUUUGUGGUCAAGAAUCCAGUUUUUGUGAUAUAUGGAACUGAGGGUGCUGUUGGAUUCUGUUUAGCAGUACAGGCCGCAGAUGGAGAUAUUGGGACAAUCGGACAGAACUUCAUGACUGGAUAUCAGAUUGUAUUCGACAGGGAAAACUUCAAGCUGGGUUGGUCUGAAUCAAAUUGUAAGGAUCUCAAUGACAGAGCGCCUCUGAAUCCAUCAGGCAAUAACAGCUCUUCCAACUCACUGCCGACAGCACAACAGCAGAGUGCGCCAAAUAGCCGUGCAGUUUCUCCUGCAGUUGCCGGAAGGACACCUUCUGAAUCCUCUGCCAAAUGCCUGUCAUGUUUGGCAAAACUAUUCUCAUUGAUGCUCAUAGCUCAUCUCUCAUAGAGUACAUAAAAUAUAAAUCUUUGUUAGUUCCAUGUAAAUUCUGAUUCUUAGCUUCAUUCUUUCCCACUGCAUCAUUAUUAUUCACCAUCCCAACAUCCCUUUUUCUUUAUAUAAUCUUAUAUAGGCUUUGAAUUAGGAUGGUCAUACAUAGAGUUGUUCCUAGCACUUCUGCUUAUGUACUGUUGUAUGUAAUAGUAUACACUUCCUUCACAUAGAGAUAUGCAUAAUUCAAUUUUGGUUGCAUUUUUUGUCAACCAAUAUUACUUUUUUUA